GAGCCUCUUGUGACAGGAGAAGCAUUGCACUGUGGAAGUCUCAUCUGGGUGUGCCUUUGUCAUUCUAGAACAGCCAUGUUGGAGUGGAGGAAGAGAGCAAGAGCUACGCAGCUGAACUUUGCUGUUUCUCUCGGUGACAGAACCUGGGAUCGAUUCAACAGGAAAAAACAUGAGAGUGAGCUUAGGAUGAAGAUUUCUUAUGCCUUCGUUGGUCCCCCUCAGAGUGAAGAUGGUGGUGGCUACACCAAGGAACAGGAGGAGCUUGUUUCCGAACUCAUAUUGAAGUGUGAGACAUAUUGCAAUGAGAAGGACGACGUGAUCAUAGCUUUCCUCUUUGUCUGUGCCUACAAAGACGACUCUACCCAAGUCACUGUUCCCCUCAUCAGAGUGAAGAAGAAUGAUGGUAAAAAUCCAAAGUUGUCCUAUUUCAUAGACCAUGUUGGACGGGUAUAUCAAGACUGGAGUGACUUUCUAGGGCACAACAUCUUUCGCGGAUGGUGGAUCUGCACCCCAGAGGAUGCUGAAUAUCUGCUGUCAGGUCAAGAUGUCCAGGUGAAGUUUUAUGACCAAACGGCGCGUGAAAAUGUACUCCGAGUAGUUGAUAUUGUGUCACAAGGCUCCGCCAUCUUCACGAGCGCUUCACUCUGCGUAGGAUUCGUCUUGUCAUGCUUUCCUCCAACAGCUUUGGUUGGUGUACCACUCAUGACGGCAAGCGCGGUAGUGGGCGCUCCGGCAGCGGCCUACAUAACAGGCAAGAGUGUGGGCACACUUGUGGAUAGAGGCAUCCAUAAAAUGUCCCUUAAUCCUUUCGAAUCCAGUGAAGCUAGAGACUGCUGGCUAAUAACUGCUGCCUCUGUGUUUGGCCUUGCCACAAUGGGAGCUGGCGAGAUGUUUAUCUUCUCAGCAGAAGCGGGGGAAUUGGCUGGAAGUGGAACCCGCCUGUUCUGUACAGUACUGAACGUCUCUUCCUUGACUGUCCACGGCCUGGGCGUCGUUAACUCCAUUUACGAAGUUGCGAAAAAGGACAAAGUUACCGCUCUUGACGUGCUGCAGGUCGGCACAAGUAUUUUCUUUUUCACUCACUCUGUUGUGACUUUAAAGACUGCCAGCAUCAUCAUCAAAGAUGCUCAACAAACAGCUCUUGUUGCAAAGAGGAAUAGCCUCCCCACAAAAAGCAGAGAUGCCUUUGACGACCACACGCUUCUGUCCCAUAGGGAAAUGCUUGAAUCUGGAAAAGUCAGAACAAUGCCCGGGAACAAGGAAUUCAUUCGUGACCUUAAAAAGAUUGACCACCUGGAAGAUUUUUUCCAUCAUUUCCAAAUAGUAAGAGGCAGUCAACUCGGUGUGGACGAAGAGCUUUUCAUUAAUGGGAAAGCAUUUGUCCAGAUGACCGAGCAGGAACGAUCCACUCUAAUCGAAAAUUCAAAUGACCUGAAAAACAACAGAAUCACAGAAGCGCAGUUCAACAAAAGUGUUGCCUCAAUCAAAAGUAAAUAUAGAAUACAUUUUAAGAGAAAGAUAGAAAGGGCUUCACAAAAAAUCAAUGAAGCUUUAGGCUUAACAGGACUUUCACCAUUUGAUACUCAAAGGAUGGAUCAGGUUCUGUCACAAUCAGGCAAGAAUUAUAAUCCAAAAUGUGUGGAGGUUGCCAAGACCAUGGCAAAUCGAAUGGAAUGUGGUGAAAAUGUCAGUGAAUUUAUUGCUGCUACAGAGUACUUAAUUCGUCGUCUAGCUGCCCAAGUCUCUGAACUGCAAAAGCAGAAUCCAAAUCCUACCAGACCACCAAAAGUGAAAGCCAAAAACUUCUACUUUGAAAAAGUCGCAGAUGCAUUUCUGAAUGAUGGACAAACACAAGACAACAUUGUUAAAGAAUUCCAAGAUCUGAUGAAGACAUGUGAAGUGGAAAAUGAAAAAAAUGGAAAAAUGCAAUUCAAGAGUACCAUGGCAACAGCUAAUCACUAUGACAAGCACUCUGACUUUCCACAAAUUGAUCCAAACAAUAACCUCACACCAGAGAGCUACUUUGCUAUAGCUAAGGAAAUGUGUUCUGGCACUGUCCAAAAUCCCUUAUGGGUCCAGGAUGAAUCCAGUCUGAUGUGUAUGUUUCAUAGCCAGAAGUACGGUGCUGUUGCAGUCCGAUAUGACAACUUGGCUGAUGGCACAUCAGUAAUUGCCACUUUGAUGUCGGAAGAUUUGAAGGAGAUCAAGAGUGCACCCAGAUAUAUCUGUCGGUCCUAGUUCAUCUGCAGUCAAUAUUAUAUAUAUAAAAAAGAAACUCAUGCCUUCAUCUCCAGCAGGGUUAAUUACUGCAAUAAGCUUUUCACAGGCCUUCCUAAAAGAUCAUCAAACAGCUUCAUGUGAUUAAAAAUGCAGCAGCUAGUGUUCUUAUGAAAAAUUAAAGAACUGACCACAAUAGUGAAGUCCCUGCACUGGCCUCCUGUAAGUCACAGAGUUCACUAAAGCAUCACUGCUAAUUGAUAAAUAACUAAACGGGACAGGACCAAAUGAUCUUCCAGACCUGUUUCAGCAGUACACACCUAACACAUCACUGGAGAAAUAUUUGUUGGUAAAACCUGCUGUCAGAACUAAACAUUGUGAAACAUCUUCUACUGCUAUGCAGUUCACCUCUAGAACCAACUUCCAUCAAAGAUGCGCCAACUGCCAGUUUAUAUUAUAUAGCUUAUAUUUUAAGCUAUUGUCUUGUUAUGUUUUUAUUUAUUUAUUUAUUAUUUACUUAUCUUUACUUGUAUUUAUGUAAAACACAUUGAAUUGCCUCUGCAUAUAAAAUGGGCUCCACAAAUAAACUUACUGUGCAGUUUUUUUUUUAAGAUUACUUUGACUUCGAUGUUUAAAUCGUGACAUAUUCAAUCCUGAUCCUAUGAUCAGGUGUUUGUACCUUAUCCCAACUGUUAGAAAGUUAGAAAGCAUGAAAAGGUUACUAUAUUAUCUGCUAUGUGUACUGGGAUGUAAAUAACCAGUUCUCAUAUUCCUGUAAACACCAUAUCCUAAACAUGAUCAAAUUGCAUAACAUUCUUGAUGGCCCCUAUCCCCACCCGCCCACCUGUAUUUACAUAUAAACAAUGACCUUCGCCAUUGUAUCUGACUUGUCCUCAUAAUGCUUAGAUUUCUGUGAUUAUGCUUAUACUGUGUAAUGAAUUAAAACAAUAACAACAGAGCAAGUACUGUACUAUUAUAUUGUACAUGAUUGUGAAAUAAAAAUAAAGUCUGUGUUACACUGGAACAAAUAUUUUAGAAAGGUAUGACAUUUUCAGUGUUGUUUUUUUUUUUUUUUCCAGGGGA